AUGCCACAGCCUGGAUGUCAGACCUCCAAACUGCAAGGACAUAGUAUCAGCUUGAACCUGCGAAUUGAGUUGGUGGACAACGUUAAUGCCAACAGCCCCUCGGCAUGGAGCAACGAGGUUCCACUUCUGCCAGUGAUUAACAACGAAAAGAGCCAUGUGGACUCCACGACCGAGCUCAAAGAGCUACUGCAGUUGGCAGAAACGAACUGCUCUAGGUUGGAAGGGCUGUACCAAAAGUACAGACUUCGUUGGUUAGAGGAAAAUUAUCGGGCAAGAGUGUUGAAAGAAUACGCACCAGAUUGGGUUAGUACUUGCUCUCCCCAUCAGAUCCCAUGGGAUGCUCCUUCUCCUACUCCAACUGAAUACAAUGGCGAAGUUGAGGACAAUACUUAA